AUGUCGUCAAACAUUAUCCUAAACUCCGUACUGGGUCUACUCGCUCUUUAUGUUGUGAGACUAUGGAUAACACCUAAAAAGCCCACGGGGCCACUACCGCCAGGGCCGAAACCUAGGCCAAUCGUGGGAAACCUUGCCGAUCUGCCGCCUCCAGGUGUGCAGGAUUGGAUGCAUUGGUUAAAACAUAAAGAAUUGUAUGGGCCCAUAAGCUCCGUGACGGUGAUGGGACAGACACUCGUUAUCAUAAAUGAUACGAAGAUAGCGUCAGAUCUUUUACGCAAACGCGCCUCGCUGUACUCGUCAAGACCUAAUAUGGCAUUUGCCUCUGAAUUGGUGGGCUGGGAGCAUGCGUUAUCUAUGCAGCCAUACACCGACCGGUUCAGAGCCUAUAAGAAACUUCUGAAACCAUACUUUAGCUCGGAAAAAAUCGUUGCGCAGUAUACACCGCUGCAGGAGGUGGAGACCCAUCGCUUUUUGUGGCGUGUUCUUAAAAACCAAAAGAACCUCACGCAGCAUAUCCAGACUGAGGCAGGAGCGAUCAUUCUCAAAAUCGCCUAUGGUUACAGAGUUGAGCCGCAUAGCCAAGAUCUGUUGGUGAACCUCGCAAAUGUGUCCCUAGAGCAAUUCUCAAUUGCUACGACACCAGGCACUUGGCUUGUGGAUAUAAUUCCAGCAUUAAAAUAUGUCCCCGCCUGGUUUCCGGGGGCUUCGUUCAAGCGAACCGCGGCGGAAUGGAGGAAAAAUCUCGAGGACGUUGCGAAAAAGCCUUACACCCUUGUUCAACAGCGGAUUGAGAAUGGCAGAUACGAGCCAUCUUUUCUUUCCGAUCUAUUUAAAACAAAUGGGAUUCCAUUGCCCGGAUCAGAGGAAGAGUUGGUUGCCCGAUGGACAACUGCAUCGCUCUAUGUCGCGGGUGCUGACACGACCGUAUCUUCAGUCGGGGCAUUCUUCAUCGCGAUGGCAUUGAGGACCGAAGUCCAGACUAAGGCCCAUGAUGAGAUUGACAGGGUGAUCGGGACUGGCCGACUUCCCACAUUAGCAGACCGCGAACAGCUGCCUUAUGUCAACGCCGUGGUAAAGGAGGUCUUCCGAUGGCAUACUGUAGUACCGAUGGGAGUCCCACAUGUUUCGACAGCUGAUGACACGUACGAGGGGUAUUUUCUUCCGAAGGGUUCUCUUGUCAUGCCGAACAUUUGGGGUAUGAUGCACGAUCCCAUGUUGUAUCGCGAUCCUAUGGUCUUUAAGCCAGAACGCUUCUUGGAAAUCGAUGGCCAGAGCCCGGAAAUGGAUCCGAGUGGCUUUGUCUUUGGUUUUGGGCGUCGCAUCUGUCCUGGUCGAAUCUUGGCAGACAGUACAGUAUGGCUCAGUGUUGCAAAGUCGCUCGCAGCGUUUAAAAUCAGCAAACCUGUGGAGAACGAUGUUGAGGUAGAUUUAAAGCCGGAAUUCCAGCCUGGAGUUAUCAGCCAUCCAGUCCCAUACAAGCUACAGGUCACACCCCGGAGUGCUGCGCAUGAAGAGCUGAUCCUUUCGGUGGAGCAUGAACACCCCUGGGAGGAAGGUGACGGCUCCGAACUUGACAAUGUCCGAGGUUAA